UUUACACUUUACACACCUCCCUUGGCCUUCCAACUCUCCUGCAACUUGCAAAUCCUAAGCAAAUAAACUUAAACUAAUAAUUCAAUAACCAUAGCAUUUGUUAUUUACAUACAAACGCUUACGCUCACAAAUUACUGGAAUACGAGAUCCGAUCCGAUCCAAUCUUUGUUCAUGAGCUCGAAUUCAUCCAGCCCCGGCAAUUCCCCCUCGCCGGGAUCAUCGGAGAAGGGGAACUCUGCCUCGGCAUCUACCAACAAGCAGAAGGAGAAGGCUAGAGUGAGCAGGACGUCACUUAUACUCUGGCACGCUCAUCAAAACGACAGCGCUGCUGUCCGCAAGCUUCUCGAAGAAGAUCGAUCUUUGGUUCAGGCAAGGGACUACGAUAAUCGGACUCCGCUUCAUGUAGCCUCACUCCAUGGCUGGAUCGAUGUCGCCAAAACCUUGAUCGAGUUUGGUGCUGACGUCAACGCCCAGGAUCGCUGGAAAAAUACUCCUCUAGCUGAUGCAGAAGGAGCUAAGAAAUACAACAUGGUUGAGCUUUUAAAGUCUUAUGGUGGCUUAUCUUUUGGUCAAACUGGAAGUCACUUUGAACCAAAGCCUGUCCCUCCCCCACUUCCAAAUAAGUGUGAUUGGGAAAUUGAGCCUUCAGAGCUGGACUUCUCAAACUCAGCAAUUAUUGGCAAGGGAUCUUUUGGUGAGAUUUUAAAAGCCUGUUGGCGAGGAACACCAGUUGCUAUCAAACGUAUACUUCCAUCACUUUCAGAUGAUAGAUUGGUGAUUCAGGACUUCAGGCAUGAGGUUAAUUUGCUAGUGAAACUUCGCCAUCCUAAUAUAGUCCAAUUUUUGGGAGCUGUCACCGAGAAGAAGCCCCUUAUGUUAAUUACCGAGUUUUUACGAGGGGGUGAUCUCCAUAAGUACCUCAAGGAAAAGGGUGCACUCAGUCCCUCAACAGCCGUUAACUUUGCAAUGGACAUUGCCAGAGGAAUGGCUUAUCUUCACAAUGAGCCGAAUGUCAUAAUUCAUCGAGACCUGAAGCCAAGGAAUGUUCUUUUGGUCAACUCAAGCGCAGACCACUUGAAAGUUGGAGACUUUGGACUAAGCAAGCUCAUCAAGGUUCAAAAUUCUCAUGAUGUGUACAAAAUGACGGGGGAGACUGGAAGUUACCGGUAUAUGGCUCCUGAGGUCUUCAAGCAUCGAAAAUACGAUAAGAAGGUUGAUGUUUUCUCUUUUGGAAUGAUUCUCUAUGAGAUGCUUGAAGGAGAACCACCGCUUUCACAUUUUGAGCCAUAUGAAGCAGCCAAAUAUGUGGCAGAGGGACGCAGGCCUAUUUGUCGUGCUAAAGGAUAUAUCCCUGAACUGAGAGACUUAACGGAGAGGUGCUGGGAUGCCGACAUGAAUUUAAGACCUUCAUUCUUGGAAAUUCUGAAAAAGCUUGAAAAGAUCAAGGAAACUUUACCAACAGAUCAUCAUUGGAGCUUAUUUAAUCCAUAGGAUUCAAGAGCAAGUACAUGGUAGAUGCUAUAUAUGCCAUUUCUGCUUGUCACUUCGUACAUCCAAAUGCAUAGAUGGUGUUGUGAAUAGAUUCAAUUGAGGAAGAUUUGUGAGAGUUACUUCUUUGACUACUUUUCCGCAGUUCUAUUCAAAUUUCAAUUUCAAAUGGCUUAACUGAUUGUUCAUUAAGUUUUACAGUUUCUAUAUUUCAUUAGUCUUUUAUGUGGACAGUGAACCAGCGAUGGAGUUUCAUCCAUCUCAGAUUAUAAUUUUUAAUCGGCUAUAUUUUUCCUUUAAAUCUAUCAAUUGUAAUUUAUUCUGGUCCCAAGUGAUCAUGAGAAUUGAGAGUAGGCAAAUAUACUGACAUUUGCUCU